CACUAUAAACUCCUCACUCUUCUCAGUCACAGUCACAGCCAUCAAAGCUGCUCAGCUCGGUCGAGUUGGCGACUCCAGCGCUGCUAAACAACACAAAAGCCGCAAGAUGUCGACCGACAUGUACUCAGAAUCUCGCCGGGUCUGCCCUUCGAUCCACGGCAACAAGUUUGACACAGCGAGCCGCAAGCGGGCAGUGGCGAACAUCUUCGAGAACGUCAACCAGGACGCGCUCAUGAGACUCUUCCAGAAAACGGGAGACAUGAAAGCCGAGGAGAGAGUGAGAAGCAUCUUCUCCUUCGCGCAAGACCCCGAAGAGACGGCCAGAGCUCUGAUGGCCCUCAAGCAGAGGAAGAAGGACAAGUUCCUCCGGAUCGCGGGGAUGCUGCGACACUUUCUGAAGCUGCGUUGAACGUCUUCACGCGAUGACUCGCGGCUGCAGGGUCGUUCAUUUCAGACCGCCGGUGUCGUUUACAACCUGGCGAUGACGGACACGUCCAGAGUGGACGAGAAAGGACCACACGGACAUGAAGGAAAGCCUCGUCAAUGACACGAGCCCAUUGAGAACAGACAUGAAGGACGGGACGCACAGUAUCUGGAG